AUGUGGCUCCGGGACAUGCUAGCAAAGGAAAAAGAUUUAAACGCUCGUGUUAUGACUUUCAAUCAUAAUACAUCAUGGGAAGCGUAUGCACUCAACAAGUCUUUGCGGGAUCAUGGAAAUGAUCUACUACAAGCGCUCCGAACUGCUCGUCAUGACGGGAAGGCAAAGAGUCGGCCUAUCAUCUUCAUCGGUCAUAGCUUCGGAGGCUUGAUCAUCAAGCAGGCUUUGGUAAAUGCAGACCCCGCCGACAACUUUGGCUUUAAUGUUCGCGAUAAAGCGUAUGGCUUUAUUUUCCUUGGAACACCACAUAAAGGCGCGAGCAUCGCCCCUGCAGGAAGGAUAUUGUCUCUUUUCGGUUCUUGGAAAGGUUCAAGCACCAGUCUGCUUGAGUAUCUUAAGCCUGGGUCCCAAAUCAACAAUGGCCUACACCAGGCUUUCUUGACUUACCUGGAUCGAAAGAUAAAAAGAACUGUGUGCGUUUACGAAGCCGUAAAACAAGCAUUUUAUCGCAUGCCGAUCAUACAUGUCGUUGACAGAUCCUCUGCAGUCAUAGAUCAGUCUAUCGAGAUAGGUUUUGAGAAAGAUCAUCGUAAUAUGCAAAGAUUUUCCGAUCCGGAGGAUGAAGAUUAUAAGAAGAUCCUUGGCUAUAUCAAAGAUUGGGCGAAAGAAGCCGAUGCACAAUUGCGGGACAAGACUCAGGAUGAGCAAGAUUGCCUCAGGUCCCUGUCCUUUCAGGAUAUGGAACAGCGACCAAAACUUGCAGCAGGCGCAACCACCAAAACAUGUGCGUGGCUGUUGAAACAUGAGAACUAUACAAGUUGGCUCGCUCAGCCUCACCCAGUGCUCUGUAUUGUGGGAAAGCCCGGGACAGGGAAGUCGACGCUACUCAAUUACGCUUUUGAGAAAGCUCGUGAUGAAGCGCAGCACAGCAACGAUGUCAUAGCUUCCUUCUUCUUCUUCGAUCGAGGUAGUGACCUUCGAAAGAGCUCCUGUGGCCUGUUCCGCUCGCUUUUGCACCAGCUUCUAAAUAAAGACCCCGACAUGCUGCCCGCUUUCAAAAAAACGGGAUCUGACCAUGAAUGGGCAGAGAAAGAGCUACAAACAUUGCUAAAAGAAUGGAUUCUCAGUCCCUCCAGAAAUCGCCCGAUCCGGAUUUACGUGGAUGCGCUCGACGAAGCCGGUCGAGACGAUGCUGCAAAGUUAAUGAAAUACUUCGAGGAGCUGACUAAACCGCCGUCUCCCGCCGGAGCCAGUUUCCAAAUAUGCUUCUCUUGUCGGCAUUACCCCGUUGUGGUACCGAAGGAUGCUCUGAAAAUCAGCGUUGAAGAAGAAAACAAUGAAGAUAUAGCAACCUAUGUCCAGGAAAAUCUGAAGGAUCACUUUUCGGACGCAAACAAGGCGGAGCUUGAGAGAGAGAUCAUAGGAAAAGCCUCAAGCAUUUUUCAAUGGGUUGUUCUUGUUAUCCCAAUCAUCAUCAAAUCGCAACAGGAUGGUGAAAACGUAAGAAAAAUCCGCCAAGAGAUCGAGAAGAUACCGAGCGAGUUGAGUGAUCUUUACGAACAUAUUCUGUCUCCGAUCAAAGAGCAAAAGCAAAAGGGAGCAGUGCAACUGAUGCAAUGGGUAUGCUUCGCUGAAAGGUCUCUAUCGUUAGAGGAAUUGCGCUUUGCAAUGGUGGUGGAUGUUACCAACGAACUCAAGUCACUUCAAGACUACAAGGACUCGGUGGACUUUGCAGAGACAGAUGAACAGAUGAGACUCAGAGUGACGAGUUACUCUGGGGGAUUGGCUGAAACCGUCAAGGUUGCGAAUAAACACAUCGUGCAGUUCAUUCAUCAAUCCGUCAAGGACUACCUCAUUGAGGGCGGACUGCAAAAGCUUGACACCUCCUUCUUUCAUGAUGUCAACGGCUAUCUCCGUCGAGGAGGACUGCCGAGUCUUGACGAAUCUUUGUCUAAUGAUGUGGUCGGCCUAGCGCAUUUCCGGAUAUCAAGGUCAUGUGUCAAGUACGUGACCUUGGAGGAAGUGCUCGGCGAUGUUGAACGCUACGACCGUCCAGAAGCCCGGAGAGGAGCCGGAGAGGUCCAUAGACGCUUCCCUUUCCUAAGGUACGCAAACAAAUGGACUUCACAUGCUGAAAUUGUGGAGAAACAGCGAAUACCUCAAAUUGACCUGCUCGACCUUUUUCGAUGGCCGUCAAAAGAUACUAUAGAGUCCUGGGUUCAAUUUAUGCAUGUAGACGAAUAUUUGUAUACAAACUUCCAUGAAAGAUCACCCGGGGCACGAACGUCUUUGGGCGUAUUUUCGCGAUAUGGCCUCUUAAGUGUCGUGAAAGCAAUGAUUAAGAGAGACGGUCUCGAAAUUGACUCGAAAGAGGUGUUUGGAAGAACGCCAUUAUUGCUGGCGGCACAAUGGGGGCACGAAGAUGUGGUUCGAUUGUUGAUUGAGAAAGGUGCCGACAUUGACUCGAAGGAUCGUAGGGGACGAACAUCAUUAUCCGAAGCGGCAGGUGAGGGACGCGAAGAUAUGGUUCGAUUGUUGAUUGAGAAAGGUGCCGACAUUGACUCGAAGGAUCAUGGGGGACAAACAUCAUUAUCCGAAGCGGCAGGUGAGAGACGCGAAGAUAUGGUUCGAUUGUUGAUUGAGAAAGGUGCCGACAUUGACUCGAAGGAUGUGAUGGAAGUAACACCAUUACUCAGGGCGGUAAAAUGGGGGCACAAAGAUAUGAUUCGAUUGUUGAUUGAGUUAGGUGCCGACAUUAAAUCGAAGGACCGUUAUGGACGAACACUAUUAUUCGAGGCGAGACGUCAGGGGCACGAAAAUGUGGUUUCGUUGUUGAUUGAGAAAGGCGGUAUCGAUAUUGACUCGAAAGAGAGCUAA